AGGGACCUAAUUUCAUACAUAAAGGCAUCAAAGCAUAGUGGAUAAAGAAUUGACCUCUUAAGUCAAAAAGCCUUGGGUUGUCAAAUGGAUUGCUAAAAUGAGUCUACGGAAGCAAACUCCCAGUGAUUUCCUAAAGCAGAUCAUAGGAAGACCGGUUGUAGUUAAGUUAAAUUCUGGAGUUGAUUACCGAGGUGUCCUGGCUUGCCUGGAUGGCUACAUGAAUAUAGCUCUGGAACAAACAGAAGAGUAUGUAAAUGGACAACUAAAGAAUAAGUAUGGGGAUGCAUUUAUUCGAGGAAACAAUGUGUUAUAUAUAAGUACACAGAAGAGAAGAAUGUGAAGAUACCAGGAAAGGAAUAAUUUUUGUAUUUUCGUAUAUUUUUUAAAAAAUUUAAAAAAAAUUUUUGUUCCUAUUUUUGUUAUGUAAAUUUUCCUGUCUUCAUUAUAGCUUAUGCACUGACUUGGGGGGAGAAAGUAGAGCUAUUUUAAACAUACAUAAACUAAUGAUUUCAGUUGUACAGAGUUCUUUCACCCUUUAAGUUUUGGUAACUUUCUUAUGACUGUCAGUGAUACGAAUAAAAAAAAGGUAACAGAUUGUUACCUACAGCUGCUGAAAAAAAA